CGCGGACUCAAACUCCCGAUAUCAAACAUGUCUCUGCCAGGCAGCUACAAACCUGUAAGCCAUGUCAUCUUCGACAUGGAUGGACUGUUAUUAGACACAGAGCGGCUGUACACCGUGUCCUUCCAGGAAGUAUGCGACCGCUUUGGAAAGCAGUACACCUGGGACGUGAAGUCGUCAGUGAUGGGGAAAAAGGCUCUGGAUGCUGCCCAGAUUAUUCGGGACACGUUGGAGCUUCCCAUGACAGCCGAAGAGCUGCUGGCUGAAACCAGACGGAUACAAGAAAGGAUCUUUCCCACUGCCAAGCUGCUGCCAGGCGUGGAGCGACUGGUGAACCACCUAAAAGAUAAUAACAUCCCCAUAGCUGUGGCCACCAGCUCAGCGGGAGUGACGUUUGAGUUAAAGACGAAGAAUCACAAAGAUUUCUUCGCUCUCUUUGAUCACAUCGUGCUGGGCGACGACCCUGACGUGAAGAACAGCAAACCUCAGCCCGACUCGUUCCUCAUUUGUGCCAAAAGAUUCAACCCGCCGGCUCUUCCUGAGAAGUGUUUGGUGUUUGAAGACGCUCCCAACGGUGUGAAGGCGGCACUGGCGGCGGGGAUGCAGGUAGUGAUGAUCCCUGAUGACAACAUGGACCGGAGCCUGACCUGGGAGGCCACGCUUACACUCCGGAGUAUGGAGGAGUUUCAGCCAGAGCACUUUGGACUUCCACAGUUUGACUGAACUGGAACAAAACCAAAGAAAUCACAAUAAAUGAAUCUUUGUGUCAAA